UUUUAGUUCGCGCCGGCACUCGCGCUCGCGCCGAUCCACAGAUCGCUCGUCCGUUUCUUAGCGCGCCACGCGAGGUACGUGCACGUCCGAAUUAAAUACGUAUCUGUGUAGAACGCAUUGAUGAAUCACCGGUGACUUUAAGUCGAGUUACUUGUGGACAUCAGCCAAGUGCAGUGGUAUUAGCAACGAUUGAGACACGAAGAAUUUCCAGGAUCUACAAGAUACAAGAUGUUUUCGGCCUUUACAGCCUCCUUGAAAAGCCUGGGCUGCAAAAUCGGCUCGGCUUUUUCGAGAAAACGAAAUGACGCCGUUGAAACAAUCGAUGAUCGAGCUCAGGCAGCCGACGAGCAGGUUGCUGCGACUGCAACAGCCGCGAAUGACUUUGCAAAGAGCACAGCACAAGAAGCGAAGAAUGUUGCAAAGUCUGUCCAGGAUGAACUGCGUGAAGCUGAACGGGAUGCAGCGAAAGCCACCAAGGAAAUUGAUCAAACUCUUCAUAAAACCGCUGAUAAUGCGGCCGAAGGUCUCGCCCGAGCAGGAACCACUCUCGACAAUAAAAUGAAGCAGACUGGCGAUGCGGUAAGCAGGACUGCUUGGUACGUACGGGAUUCUGUAUCUGAUAAGAAGGAUGAAGUCGCUACCGGAUUGAAAGCAGUCGCACAGUCCGCGGAUAACAAGUGGAAGGAAACCUUGGAUCAGGGUAAUAAAACAAUUGAAGGUGUGCAGAAGACGGCAGGUGACGUAAAGAAUGUGACCGCGGCGGGAUUAAAAUCGGCUGAGGAUAAACUGCAUGAUGUUAAGGUUGCUGCAGAUAACAAAGCAGCCGCCAUUGGUCAAUCCGUACAUAACACCGCGGGUAAAAUCGGUGAGAAGAUUGACGAAAGCAAGAAAGGUUUCAAUGACGGUGUGAGGAAUCUGGGAAACCAAAUGCACGAUGCGAAGGUUACGGCUGAUAGCAAGGUGAGUGCCUUUGGUCAUUCAGUGAAGGAUACUGCACAGGACGCCGCUUGUAAAAUUGGUGACAAAAUGCACGACGCCAAAGUUGCUGCUGAUAACAAAGCAUCUGCUUUCGGUCAAUCUGUAAAUGAAACCGCGGGUAAAAUCGGUGAUUCCUUUGAGCAGGGCAAAAAGGGUUUUAAUGAUGGUGUGAAGAAUCUGGGUAAUCAGAUGCACGACGCCAAAGUCGCCGCUGAUAACAAAGCAGGCGUUAUCGGGCAAUCGGUGAAAGAUGGCGUCUCCAGUUUUGGUAGGUCUGUUGAAGAGAAAAGACAGGAAACCGCUGAAGCUCUCAAUAAAACUGCUCAGAAUAUUAGUCAAAAAGGGAGUGAACUAGCCAAGGGAGCCCAGGAUACAUUCGACAGUACACGCAAAUCAGCCGAAAGACAAGGUCAGGACUUUAUGACUUCUGCGAAUGAUAAAUUAUCUGAUAUUGGAAGUGGAAUUUCGAAGUCCAUGUCGAAUAGCGGUAAGUAUCUGGAGCAUCAAAAGGAUAAUUUGACUGACGAUGCAAAGCGGGUAGCUGAUGCAACUGGUCAAAAACUAUCUGAGUUUGGCAAGGCCGCUAGCGACAAGAAACAAGCUUUAGGGGAGGGUAUUCAACAUGGAUUUUCAGCAGCCGGGGAUAAAUUGUCUGAUUUCGGAAAGGCGGCUGAUGAAAAACGUCAGGUUGCUGCUGAUAGUAUCAAUCAAGCUGCUUCUAAUGUAGCAGAUUAUGCUAAGGAUAAGAAAGACUCUGUUGCUGCGGGUGUUCAAGGGGUUAUAUCAGGUGCUGCCAAGACUGCUGACAAUGCCAAAACAUCGAUGCAACAAGGAUUUACCAAUGUUCGUGACAGUGUCAAUCAAAAGGGAGAAAGUAUGGCUGCUGGUGUUCAAGGAGCUGUUUCUGCAACUGGCGAAAAAUUAUCUGAUGCAGCCAAGGCGGCUGAAGAUAAAAAGAAUGCCAUUGCUGAGGGAAUAUCAUCAGGUUUCCAUGGAGCGGUUACAAAUGCCAGUGACAAGUUGUCUAAUGUUACUAAAGCCGCAGAGGAUAAAAAGAAUGCUGCUGCAGAAGGAAUUUCUACUGCCGCAGGUAAUGUUAAUGCAGGUAUACAGGGAGCUGUAGCGGGUGCAGGUAAAGCUGCUGAAGAUGCAAAAUCAUCAUUGCAACAAGGUUUUGGUAAUGUUAUGAGCAAUGCCAAUCAAAAGAAGGAAGCUGUCGCCGCGGGAAUCCAGGGUGCAUUCUCUGCCACUAGUGAUAAGCUUUCCGAGGCUUCCAAGGCAGCAGAAGAGAAAAAGAAUGCCAUUGCUGAAGGCAUCUCAACCACUGCAGGAAAUGUGUCUCAGUAUGCUGCGGAUAAGAAAAAUGAUUUGACCACUGGUCUUGCCAAUCUGGGCAAAGCCGCUGAAGGUAAACGUCAAGACCUCUCCGAAGGAAUGAAAACAGCAGCAGGAAAUGUCUCCGCAUUUGCCUCCGAGAAAAAAGAAGCCACUGCUGAGACCAUCCGAGGUGCCGCUGCUGCUACCGAUGAAAUUCUAUCCGAUGCAGCGAAAGCUGUAGAAGCAAAACGUCAAAACGCUGCUGAAGGUAUAAGUCAGUUUGCAACGAGUGCCAAGGAUAACGUAUCCGCAGGUUUGAAUUAUGUGGGUAGUGGGGCGAAAAAUGUCGGGGCAACCAUUGGAGAAAACCUGACCAAUGCAGCCAAAGCUACAGAUGAGAAGCGUCAGCAGUUAACGGAAGGUGUUAGCAACGCGGCGACUGGCGCUGCACAUACUGUUGGCGAAAAAUUCUCUGAUUUUGGUAAGUCAGCUGAAGAAAAACGUCAGGCAGCAGCUGAUGGGUUACACCAUGUCGCUGACGGCGUCAGUAAUAAAAUGGCGGAUGUGGGUAAAGCAACGAAUGAAAGUUUACACAAUGCAGCAGCAAACACCAGUCAGUUUGCAGCGAACGCCAAAGAUGCAGUUUGUGAGAAAGCCUCAGGUCUUGCAAAAGCAGCUGAUGAAAAGAAACAGUCGUUGAGUGAAGCUGCAAGUCAGGCCACAGCAAAUGUAUCUAACAAAUUAUCAGAUAUCAGUAAAGCCACUGGUGAGAAAAUGUCAGGUAUUGCCAAAUCUGCGGAGGAAAGCCGUGAUGCUUUGGCUGAUUAUGCAACUGAGAAAAAGAAUAAUUUGGCCGCGGGUAUUCAGAACACUACUAGUAGCAUUGGUAGCUCGUUAUCGGAUGCUGGUCAAGCCGCCCAAGACAAAUCCAAAUCAGCUUUUGAAGGACUUAAAACCGCUUCUUCAAAUGUAGCGCAAUCUGUGUCUGAGAAAAAAGACGCGAUGGCCGAUAGCAUCAAAUCGACUGCUGAUUCAAUGAACAAAUCAUUAGAGAACACCCAAAAGGCUGUGGCUGAAAACCUCGCGGCAGGCGCCAGCAGUGCUGCCCAAUAUGCCGAUCAAAAGAAACAUGACAUGGCCGAAAAUGUGAAGCAUGUCGGUGAAGCCAUCGAUAACAAGAUUAAAAACACAGCGGCAGCCACUGAAGAUGCGGUUAGUAAUACCCUGAAGAGUGUUGGCGGGUUCUUUGAUCACUCCAAACAAAGCGCCGAGAAUUUCCUGGGCAAUGCGAGAGAACAGGCUGCCAAAGAAGCGGAUAAAGGCGCUGAUGCAGCUUCCGCGCUCUUUUCGAAAACGACGAGCUUAUUUCACAAGUAAACCAAUCUGCGACAAUUAUGACAAAUAAUGAAAGAACCAAGGACAAUAAUGGCUUUUUUGAUACGUCGAUAUUUGGAAUUCAACAUUGCGCCAACUGUUUAUCUGUUUGUUUGUUUGUUGAUAACGCAUAUCUGUAUUAUUAGUAUGUUGAAUUUUUGUUUAUUUACUUUUUUUUGAUCAUCGGAUCUGCUUGACGUCCAAAUGUGAACUAUGUGUUAAUUAAUUUAUAUCGUUGUAACAUUUAAUACAAAAAAUAAUUAAUGA